ACUAUAAAGUCCUGCCACAACAAAAUCACAACCAUCAGAAAACAUUGGGGAAAAAAACAGAAUAGGCUCUGUAACUAACGUGGUGAGGCCAGGAAGAAGGAAGUGUGUGUUUGUUUGUUUUACUCAAAACGCGCGUUCGGAGUCCCGUUCAACGCAAUUUCUGUUAGAAAAAGCUUUGGUGUUGAACGUCGUGGUUUGCUUCAAAGCCAAACCAAUCUGUAGCAGCUCAAUUAUCCCUCCACGAUCCGACGAAAAAAGCCGACACACACUCAUAACUUGUUUUUCUGGCUUCUCAAGAUACGGCGUUUACUUUUUCAGAUCCGACGAAAAAGGCGAGAACGAAUUCACAAGGAUCAGUUGUGGAGACAGCAAUUUAUUGACAACAAUUUAGAGAGAUAUUUCAAGUUUGAAUUGAUCCGUCAGCAAAAUUCGAAAUCAGAAACUAUGAGCAACUAGGAUUCUCUUUCUCUUUCCCAGCGGAAAUAUAACCUACAACCACUCUGUGAGGUUGCUUUGAAUUGUUGUGGAUACAUGUGAUCAAAUAUAUGAUUUUUAAUGUAAGAAAGAGGCUCAUAAAAAUACAACUAAGUGAAAGUUGUUGAGUGAGAUGAUUACAUUCAUGGACACAAAGGAGAAAUCAAAAGAGGUGGAGAGUUGUUUGGAUCCUCAGCUAUGGCAUGCAUGUGCAGGUGGUAUUGUACAAAUGCCAGCAGUGAACUCUAAGGUUUAUUACUUCCCUCAGGGUCAUGCUGAGCAUGCAUGUGGACCAGUUAACUUCAGGACUUGUCCUAAGGUUCCACCUUUUGUUCCAUGUAGAGUGACUGCUGUCAAAUACAGGGCUGAUCCUGAGACCGAUGAAGUCUAUGCCAAACUCAAGCUCAUUCCUCUGAAUGCCAAUGAUGUUGAUUAUGAUCGUGAUGUUGUUGGUGGGGCUGAAACUCAGGACAAGCCUGCUUCAUUUGCAAAAACCUUGACCCAAUCUGAUGCCAACAAUGGUGGGGGAUUUUCUGUUCCUAGGUAUUGUGCAGAGACAAUUUUCCCUCGUUUGGACUACUCAGUUGACCCUCCCGUUCAAAACAUCCUUGCCAAGGAUGUUCAUGGGGAAACAUGGAAAUUCAGACACAUUUAUAGGGGCACGCCAAGGCGACAUUUGUUGACUACUGGGUGGAGUACUUUUGUGAAUCACAAGAAGCUUGUUGCUGGGGACUCAAUUGUGUUUUUGAGGGCAGAAAAUGGGGAUUUGUGUGUUGGGAUUCGACGAGCGAAGAAGGGAAUUUGUGGUGGACUUGAGACUUCCUCAGGGUGGAAUCCUGCAGGAGGAAAUUGUCAUAUUCCUUAUGGUGGAUUUUCGCCCUUUUUUAGGGAGGAUGAUAAUAGAAUCUCGAGAAAUGGCAAUAGCAAUGGGUUAAACCCUAGUGUGAGUAUGAUGGGAAAGGGAAAAGUCAGGCCAGAAGCAGUUUCUGAAGCUUCAAAUCUUGCAGCCAAUAAGAAACCCUUCGAGGUUGUUUACUACCCUCGAGCAAGUACUCCCGAGUUUUGUGUAAAGGCCUCCCUAGUUGAAGCAGCACUACAGAUUAGGUGGUGUUCUGGAAUAAGGUUCAAGAUGGCCUUUGAAACAGAAGACUCCUCACGGAUAAGUUGGUUUAUGGGAACUAUAUCUUCGGCUCAGGUUGCUGAUCCCCUUAACUGGCCUAACUCACCUUGGAGGCUUCUCCAGGUUACAUGGGAUGAACCGGAUUUACUUCAAAACGUGAGAAGGGUGAGCCCGUGGCUGGUUGAAUUGGUGUCAAACAUGCCUGCCAUUCAUUUUUCCCCUUUCUCACCACCACGGAAGAAAUUGAGAUUGCCUCAACAACCAGAUUUCCCCCUUGAUGGCCAGAUUCCUUUGUCGACAUUUCCCAGCAACCUUCUAGGUCCUAGUAACACCAACCAAUUUGGUUGUCUACUUGAAAGUACACCUGCUGGCAUGCAGGGAGCCAGGCAUGCUCAUUAUGGUCUAUCCUUAUCGGAUCUCCACCUCAGUAAAUUGCAGUCAGGUCUAUUUUCGACUGGUUUCCCGUCUCUUGAUCACGCUGCUACGCCAAUGAGGGUCUCAAAUAGCAUAACAUUACAAAAGCCCAACCUUAGUGAGAACGUCUCUUGCUUACUGAGUAUGGCAAAUUCUACCCAGUCUUCAAAGAAAUUGGAUGUUGGGAAGACACCUUCGCUCGUGCUUUUUGGCCAAAAAAUUCUCACUGAGCAGCAGAUCUCUCCAAGUAGCUCUGGUGAUACACUCUCCCCAGUUCUUACCAGAAAUUGUUCAUCAGAUGGAAAUGUCGAUAAAGUGACUAAUUUUUCUGAUGGUUCUGGAUCAGCUCUUCAUCAGGAAGGUUUACGCGAACACUCCUCUUGUGAGAGGUUCCAAUGGUGUAAGGAUAACCACCAAGAAACUGAGGCUGGUUUGGAGAUUGGUCACUGUAAAAUUUUUAUGGAGUCUGAAGAUGUGGGUCGGACUAUGGACCUCUCGUUGCUUCGGUCUUAUGAUGAAUUACAUAGAAAGUUGGCAGACAUGUUUGGCAUAGAAAAAUCUGAAAUGUUAAGUCACGUGCUCUAUCGUGAUUCAACUGGGGCUGUCAAACGCAUUAGUGAUGAAUCAUUCAGUGACUUCACAAGAACAGCCAAAAGGUUGACUAUUCUAAUGGAUUCUGGCAGUAACAACGUAGGAGUGUAGUGAGGCAAAAUAAACUAUUCUUUUAAUUGUAUAAAUGGUUCAUGAAGUCUCAUUUUCUAACCUUUCCCCCUCCUGGUGCAAUGGAAGGAGGCAGCCUGAUUUAGUUUUUGAAUAUCAAACUCUACAUAAAUGUUUCUAUUCCAUCUCAAAGGGGAUGUUUGGAUUUUUGAAUUUUGGUUAGAGUGAUCAUAAUUUGUGUUUUCAUUUUUUUUUUGUCACUAUCUCUUUAUUUUUGCCUACUUGAGUUUUCUUUUCAAAUUUUGUUGGGGAAAAAGGUGGAGGAUAAAGAGAGAAGUUUGAGAUCCUAUAAAUAUGAUUGGUUUGUAUGCAGUAAAAAAAUAUACAGUAUUCAAUCUAAAUAUUAGUUGAAACAAAGGGAGAGUCAUUCUUGCCUUUAUGUA